AUGACAAAGGAGGACGUCAAGGCAGCAGUGAAAGGCUGCUUUGACGAAAGCGUGUCUCCUAGUACGGCUGUGCGGUUAUCUUCUGAAACGAACAGAGGAAACCGCAUGGCCUACGUCAAAGUACCUGCGACGGUGGCCCCGAUUCUUGAAAAAAGAGACCACAUUAGGCUGGGCUGGGUGAACUGCAGAGUGCACCAAAAGUUCACGGUUGAGCGUUGCUUCAGAUGCCUGGGCUUUGGGCACAUUGCGAGACAGUGUGUCGGACCUGACAGGACCGGGGUGUGCUGGAGAUGUGGUGAAAAGGGACACGUGGCACGAAACUGCUCCAAAAAAGAAGUGAGCUGUUUCCUGUGCGAAAACGUUGUCCCGAAACUGGACACCAGACAUGUCGCUGGGACUGCCGGGUGUCGGGCGCCUCAGGCGCCUGCAGGAACGGCUCAACAGAAAUAG